CUCGCCGCCUCGACCUUGUGCACCCCGCUCGACCGCGCGCGGGACGUGACACGCACUCGCACGCGAGCCACGACGCGGCCCGGGACAGCGCUCGGACCCCGCCGGCGCGUCGCACGAAAAAAACAUGGCCGCGGCCGCGAAGGCCGUCGGCGUGCCGAUUAAGCUCCUCCACGAGGGCGAAGGCCACAUGGUGACCAUCGAGCUGAAGAACGGCGAAAUCUACCGCGGCCACCUCGACGAGUCCGAGGAGACGAUGAACUGCCUCGUGACGGACGUCGUCGUCACGGCGCGCGACGGCCGGGUCACGAAGCUCGAGAACGUCUACAUCCGCGGCUCCCAGAUCAAGCGCGAACGCCGCGCGUUCAUGAUCCUCCCGGACCUGCUCAAGCACUCGCCCGUCUUCGAGAAGGUCAAGGAGCUGAAAAAGGCGGACGACGCCAAGCCCCGACGAGGCCAGCGCAAGUGAGCGCGCGCGCGCGCUCGCCGCGGCGUGUGUAAAAAAACUUCGGAAGUUA